AUGGUCUAUUCUCAAACAGGUUUGCAAAAAUCUUUUCUAGAACUUGCUCAAGCAUUGAAUUUCAAUGCGACACAUCAUUUACGGUUGAUUUCCAAAGUACAAAAAUCUUGUCAGAAGGGAGACAAGAUUGUUGUUCUUAGGAAAAAAGCCAUCCAACUGCUGGUUAGUUGGCUAAGUUCAUUCACAGAAAACAUGAAUCUUAGGCUUCAAUAUUUAACGACAGGAAAUUCCGAUUUAAUUCAUAAUACAAUUGUUUUAUUAGUCAUGAAGGAUUUCAGCAACAUCCCAACAAAUAACGAUGUUAAAAGACAUCGUGUUAGUCAUUUAGCUUUCAAUCAGCUGAAUUUAAAUUUAAGCAAAAAAACAAGAAACUUAUCUAUGUUUGAAAAUUCAAAAGAUCAAAGGGAAAAUAUCAAGUUACUUGAAGUUAAGAAGAGUGUGACGCGAAACAUAAAUAUGAAAACUUCGUCACCAAUUCGUGCCCACAAUGUGAAUCGAGUGCUUGGAAAACGAGAAAAGUUCGAUCAUUGGCUGAUUAUGUAUAUCGUGGAUCAUGCUGAAAUCCCAUAA